CAUAACUUCACAACGGCAUGGAUUUAGAAGCUGCGCUUGAAGCCUGUGACAGAGCAGAUGCAGCUGGUGAACUUUCUUAUACCAAAAUUGCUGACCAAAGCUUAGUGUCGCGAUCUACGCUGUCGCGGCAGCACCAACGCGUAUGCGCGUUGCGUGAAGAAGGCAACUCCACACGUCAAAAGCUUAACCCACAACAAGAGUAUGAGCUUGUUAGUUAUAUAAAUAAGCUUACAGAGCAAGGGCUACCACCUACAAGGUAAAUGGUGCAAAACUUUGCGUUAGAAAUGGCCCAACAGUACGUUGGAGAUAGCUGGGUUACCAGGUUCCUGCACCGUCACCCCAAUGAGCUCCUAUACAAAUGGACCUCCGCCAUGGACGCCUCACGUCACAACGCCGACGAUAGCGAAAAGUACUCAUACUAUUUUAACCUACUACGUUCCAAGAUUGACCAAUACUCUAUCAAGCCACGGCACACGUACAAUAUGGAUGAGAAGGGCCUAGCGAUUGGAUUGGUGAAUAGGAGCAAAAGGGUGUUUAGUAAGGCAGCUUGGGAAGCCGGAGGCAAACGCCAAAGCUUGCAGGAUGGCAAUAGAGAGUGGGUAACAAUUCUCGCAGCUAUCUGCGCUGACGGUUCAACGUUGCCGCCAGCCAUCAUAUAUGCAGGCCAGCCAAACAGUCUACAAUCCUCCUGGAUGGAGGACCUGGACGCAGGCAAAGACUCUAUAUACUCUACUGCAACGCCCUCUGGCUGGUCCAACGACGAGGUUGGUCUUGCCUGGCUUGAACAGGUGUUUGAGCGGGAAACUGCGAGUAAAACUCGCGGUAGUUGGCGCCUACUCAUACUUGACGGCCACAGCUCUCACAUAACAAUGGCUUUUAUCAACUUUUGUAGUUGCCACAAGAUUCUACUACUUAUCUAUCCACCUCACAGUACCCAGACGUUGCAGCCGCUUGAUGUGGGUUGCUUCUCACCUUUUGGCAACAACUACUCUAAAGAACUUGUGCUGGCCGCGUUCAAAGCCACAGGCAUCUUACUACUAAACCUAGCUAUUAUACUUGACAGGUUUCAGAACAAGCUAAGCGAGCUUCCGCGAACUCCAUCUCCAUUACUCAACGUCAAUAGGGUCGCGAUAGAACAGUUUUGCAAGGCAAUAGUGAAGGACUCUACAAGUUAUGAGACAAGGAAGCUAGUUCGCACGUUCAACUACUUAGCAGCUCGCAACGCCCUUCUGGAGAAGACCUCUCAGAGGUACCACCAAGCCCUACUGUUACAGGCCUCCAAGUCCUAUACUUCCAACGCGAUGUUGUGGUCUCCAACAAAGGUGGAUAAAGCCCAAGCUCAACUGCGUCAAAAUACCCGCCAACAGGCUGAGGAAGCUGCUGCAAAGGCUCGCAAAAAGGCAGAGGCAGCUGAGAAGAAGGUUCAAGAUGAGCGGGAGAAGGAGCAGCGGAAGGUGGAACGAGCGAGGGCAAAGGAAGAGAAAGCCCUCAGGAAGGCCGCUGAGAAGGCCGAGAAACAACAAAAAAAACAAGAGAGCGACGCUGCCAAAUCUAUCCAACUAUCCCAAACAGGCAAGCGCAAGGCCUCACAGAAGCCACCUACAGAACCUCCAGCCAAAAAACAGCGUGCGCGUGGCGCUACUCAGGUUGUAGUUGAGGCGUCACCUUCCCCGACACCUCCACCAAUUACUACACGCAGCGGCCGCACCACGCGACUAAAUAGAAAAUAGGAGCAGGACAAGCAUCAUAGGCGUUAGUAGACUGUUACAACAAAAAAAUCUUAAUAUAAUAGCUUUUG